GGCGCCGCCGGAAAUGGGGUCGGAAGAGGUGGGGUUAGCUGUCUGGGAACCCGCGUGGAGGCGGCUCGGAGUUUUCGGCUUCUGGAGCUCCUCGGCUCCUCGGGCUCCUGGGGGGCUCCUGGUGCUUGUUGGUGCGCUCCGGCCAGGGCCACGAGUUAAUUUGCUUCCCGUGGAAUUGGAUGGUGUGCCAUGGGGCUCACCAAGCAGUACCUGCGUUAUGCUGCCAGUGCUGUCUUUGGAUUGAUUGGCAGCCAAAAGGGCAACAUUGUCUUUGUAACUUUGCGUGGUGAGAAGGGGCGCUACGUGGCAGUGCCAGCCUGUGAGCAUGUCUUCAUCUGGGAUACACGGAAAGGAGAGAAGAUUCUUAUCCUUCAGGGACUUAAACAUGAAGUUACUUGUUUAUGUCCCUCACCAGAUGGAUUGCACUUAUCCGUUGGCUAUGAGGAUGGUUCUAUCCGUAUCUUCAGUCUUUUGAGUGGUGAAGGGAAUAUUACCUUCAAUGGACACAAGGCAGCUGUCACUGCCCUGAACUAUGAUCAGCUGGGGGGCAGACUAGUGUCUGGCUCCAAGGACACUGAUGUUAUUGUGUGGGAUGUCAUCAAUGAAAGUGGCCUUUACCGUCUGAAGGGACACAAGGAUGCCAUCACGCAGACACUGUUCUUACGAGAAAAAAACCUGCUGAUUACCAGUGGCAAAGACACUGUGGUGAAAUGGUGGGACCUUGAUACACAGCAUUGCUUCAAAACAAUGGUUGGCCACCGAACUGAGGUUUGGGGACUGGCUUUAGUGUCUGAAGAAAAACGUCUCAUCACUGGAGCUGCAGACAGUGAGCUGAGGGCUUGGGACAUCACUUAUAUAGAGGAGAUGAAAGACCUAGAUGAACCCAGUUCAAAGAAGAGCAGAGGAUCUUCACUUGGGAUGCAGGAGAAUCAUGCAACAGAGACUGGGGACCCUGAAGCAGAUGAAGACCCUGAAGAUCGUAUUCUUUCAUGUAACAAAGCUGGUUCCAUAAUGCGGGAAGGAAGAGACCGAGUUGUAAAUCUUGCUGUUGAUCGGACUGGCAGGAUUCUUGCUUGUCAUGGAACUGAUUCAAUUUUGGAAGUUUUUUGUAUUCUUUCCAAAGAGGAAAUUCAGAAGAAAAUGGAUAAAAAAAUUAAGAAAGCCAGGAAAAAAGCUAAAUUAAGUUCUGGUGAAGGGGAACAAGAGGAUAUUGAAGUCAGUAUGUCUUUGCAAGAUGAGAUCCAGCGGGUAGCUAACAUCAAAGCUUCAGCCAAGAUCAAGUCCUUUGACUUGAUUCAUUCUCCACAUGGAGGCUUGAAAGCGGUCUUCCUACUGCAAAACAAUCUAGUGGAAAUAUAUACACUAAAUCCAUCCACCCCUACCCCACAGCCCAUCAGGACAGCCAGGAUCACCAUCGGGGGCCAUCGCAGUGAUGUCCGUACCUUGUCAUUUAGUUCUGACAAUAUUGCUGUCCUUUCAGCAGCUGCUGAUUCUGUCAAGAUAUGGAACAGGUCUACACUGCAAUGUAUUCGGACAAUGACUUGUGAAUAUGCUCUCUGUUCAUUAUUUGUUCCUGGAGAUCGACAGGUGAUAAUAGGAACAAAGACAGGGAAGGUGCAGCUUUAUGACUUGGCUUCAGGAAAUUUGCUGGAGACAGUUGAAGCACAUGAUGGAGCCUUAUGGUCAAUUUCACUUUCUCCAGAUCAGCGUGGUUUUAUAACUGGUGGUGCUGACAAAUCUGUCAAGUUCUGGGAUUUUGAAUUGGUGAAAGAUGAAAACUGUGCCCAGAAAAGACUUUCUGUGAAGCAGACCCGUAUUUUGCAGCUUGAUGAGGAAGUUCUCUGUGUACGCUACUCUCCCAAUCAAAAGCUGUUGGCUGUGUCUUUACUGGACUGCACAGUGAAAAUCUUCUAUGUUGACACUUUAAAGUUUUUUCUCUCUUUAUAUGGUCACAAACUACCUGUUCUGUGCAUGGACAUCUCUUAUGAUGGGGCACUAAUAGCAACUGGUUCUGCAGACAGGAAUGUGAAAAUUUGGGGCUUAGAUUUUGGAGACUGCCAUAGAUCCCUCUUUGCCCAUGAUGACAGUAUCAUGUGUCUGCAAUUUGUCUCCAAGUCUCAUCUCUUCUUCACUGCUGGGAAAGACCAUAAGAUUAAACAGUGGGAUGCAGACAGAUUUGAACACAUCCAGACCUUGGAGGGCCACCACCAGGAAGUAUGGUGCUUAGCUGUUAGUCCUAAUGGUGAUUAUGUUGUAUCGUCAUCCCAUGACAAAUCCCUAAGACUAUGGGAGAGAACAAAGGAGCCGCUCAUCCUAGAGGAAGAGCAGGAGAUGCAAAGAGAAGCAGAGUAUGAAGAGAGUGUGGCUAAAGAAGACCAGCCAGUAGUUCCUGGAGAAGCUCAAGGUGACACUUACUUUCCUGGGAAAAAAACUGUUGAAACUGUCAAAGCGGCUGAGAGAAUCAUGGAGGCCAUUGUAUUAUACCGAGAAGAGACUGCAAAGAUGAAAGAACAUGAAGCCAUUUGUAAAGCUGCAGGCAAAGAGGUUCCUCUGCCAGUUAACCCUAUCUUGUUGGCUUAUGGAAACAUCUCGCCUUCCGCAUAUGUAUUGGAAGUAUUUAAAGGAGUCAAGUCAAGUGAGUUGGAGGAGGCCCUCCUGGUGCUGCCUUUCUCAUAUGUGCCAGACAUUCUGAAGCUUUUUGAUGAAUUUUUCCAGCUGGGCUCUGAUAUUGAACUCCUCUGCCGGUGCCUCUUCUUCCUCCUCAGGAUUCACUUUGGGCAGAUCAGCAGUAACCAAAUGCUUGUACCAGUGAUAGAAAAAUUGAAGAAAACAACAAUUUCUAAAGUCAGUGAAGUCCGGGAUGUGAUUGGAUUCAAUAUGGCAGGACUUGAGUUUCUAAAGAGGGAAUGUGAGGCAAAAAGUGAAAUUGAAUUUUUCUCUGAAGCCACAAGCAAUUUCGAAGAGAAGAAACGGAAGAGGAAAAAGAGAGAGAAGUUGAUUAUGACAUUGACUUAGAGCUCUAACAUUUGAGUGUUUUCAUCUAGCCAUUCACUGUGCCUUUCAAAUUAGAAGAAACAGCUUUCUGACCUGAAUAUGUGGCUUCUACAUCAUGGAAAAACACAACAACUUGAGUGGAAACACUUAAAUUUCCACUGUGCUGCUGCCAUUCUGCUUCCAUCUUCCUCUUUUUUCGUCUGUAAAAGGAAGGGGAUUGGACUAAAUGGAUACUUUUAAAGUUCUGAAUCAUGAAUUUUCAAGUACCAGAUGACAAAAAAAGUGAUUGAACUUCUAAAGUACAUUGAGAGGAUCUGUCUCACAAAAGGGAAAGUUAACUAAGAAUAUUUGUGCAGGGCCUCAUACUUUCCUUAUUGGCAAAGGCUAGAUACAUUCUUGAUUCUCUUUUUGGUUCUCUUUUUCUCUCCAUUCUUAUUAAUUAGUAGAGGAACUCUUGAACCCUUAAACUCAAGGACUAUUGGUAACUCCAAUUUAUUAAUUUCCAUGAUUGUUGGACAUGUGCAAAUAUUCUGAGUUGCUAUUUAUUUUAAUUGGUUUUUUUUUUAAUCUUUUGCCUAAUAGGAAACUUUCCUAAGGUAAUUUAAAGUAUCUUUUUUAUUUCCCUAAGGAAUUAUCAUUCUAAAAAGCUUAUAUAGUGAGAAUUUCUUAUGCCUUUUACCCUACAGACAUUUUUUUUUUGUUACUUUGUAAAAAGUUAUUAUGUAAUUGUAUUUCUUUCAAUGAAAUACUUAUUUUUAAGUAAAAAAAGGUUAUAACAACAUAACUAGUCUGGACUUCUGUGUUAUUUAGGAGAUUGUUACCUCUGCAGAGCAAGUGAUUCAUUUCUCCUACUUAAUUUGCCCCCACUCACUUCUCAAGCUCUGAGUAAGUAUAUAGAGCCAUUCAAAUUCCUAACAACAAAUGAGAGCAGCUGAAUUGAGGAUCAUGUACAUAAAUGUGAAGGACCAGUAAAAGGUCCUGGUCAUAAUGAGCUACAAAAAGUAGAACUAUAUAGAAAGUAUAAAAACAUCUUGCCACUAUGACUUUUCCUUGGUUUUUCUUUGUGAAACUCAGAGGAUGCUCUUGAGUCUUUUGUGAAUGAAUCACAGUGCAGGUAGGGGAGAUCCUCAAGCAUGUGAGAUGUUCAAAAUGUCAGAAUCUUUGGAGCUUUAAAAAAUACCUCUGUUUUCAUAAGGCUGUAUCUAUGAUCCUUUCUUCCCUAAAAAUCCAGUCCUGUUUCAACCUUGCUUGUCAUUUAUGAAAUGGGUGCUUUUUUCAUGUAUAUUUCUAGUGGUUUUAAUAGGAUGUCAUCAAGACAAACCCCAGAAAACAAUCUAAAAGUAUUUCCUGCUAAUUUUGCUUGCCCUCUGAACCAUUUUAUUCUUCAUAUUAGCAGCUGUCAGGAAAGAUGAAGAUACACAUGUGAAUGGCAUGUAACAAUAGUGGUUUGACCAAGAAUGACAAGUUGGGGCUUUUUGGUCAAAAUAUUUGGGUGUCUGAGACUGACAACUUCUGCUAAACAGAAAGAAAUGCACAACGUUUUGUACAAAGGCGUUUUAUUAAGUAUUUUUCUCGUAGACAGUAGGACAGCUUUCCCCAAGACACUGUCUGGAUAACUUAAAAAGAGAAGUACAAGUGGACCAACUGCAUCAGUAGUGACAGCUCUAAGAUGCCUAAGCUAGACGAAGAUUAGUUUUCUUUUUUGCAGCAGGUAGCCUGACGAUCAUAUCUGUAAUUCAUUGAAAUUCUUAUUAUUUUCAUUCUGCUUGUGACAAUAGCACUAAAAUCUGAAAAACAAUUUCAUGUAUAUAGACUAAAUCCCCCUGAUGCAUCUGACAAAUGGUUUAAGUCCAGGGUUUCAAAUGAAAGGUUUUUUUUAUUAUAAGAUCUUUUAUUAUAAGAUCAGAAAGUACUAGAGAAAUAGGUUUACUUGGUUUUGAAGGUGAUAUGAUUUUAAAGUCUAUAUUGAUUAAAAUAUAUCUGUAAGAUAUUAAAUCUGCAAGAAUUAAAAAUAAGAAACCUGAUAUUAGCCCAACUUUCCAGUAACAAAUUAGCAAGGAAAACAUAGUCCUUUAAAUUUUUUUAGGAUGUGAAAAGUGACAUCUCAUGAGCCCAGAACAUGAAAACUGCUCAUUAAAUGGUGCUGAAUAGAUUUAAAUUAUUGGGAUAAAUUAGGAUCUCAGAAUGAGUGUUUUUGUAUACCAUUUAUGUCAGAUACAUGAUUUUAUAUUGUAUUCAUACAUUUUCUUGAAUCUAAGGUCUCAGUGUCUGAGUAAACAGGAUCUACUAAUAAACUACAUGCUAGUAAUC